AUGGCUCUGUUCAUGGACUCGGACUUCUCUUUACUCAAGCAGAACCAGCAGAAGGACCUGGUGGACCUGAAGGCGCUGUUUGGAGAACAGGAGCACUGCAAAGGUCAGCGAAAAGCCGGCGGCCUGGUGGAGGGUCAGAGGAAGAGGAAGAGGACCAUCUUCAGCCGGGCCCAGCUGUCGGAGCUGGAGCAGGCCUUCGCCGUGACCCCCUACCCGGACAUCACCCUCAGGGAGAGGCUGGCUGCUCACACCCACCUGCCCGAGAGCAAGAUCCAGGUUUGGUUCCAAAACAGAAGAGCUAGAAGCAUCAAGACAGGCAGACCCCCCAAGUCCACCAAGCCUGUGCUGGGAGGUAGAGGUUUUGUGGAGCCCUCUCCUGGUCCUGUGGCCUCCACAUACCCGGGCCCACCCUCUCUGGCAGACAUUUUCAGGCCAGAGCAGAACCACUCUUGUGAGGAUGUACCUCAGAUUUACUCUGACUGGAUCCAGAUCUACAGCAACCCUGUAUCACCACCAUCCUCCUCCUCAACCCUCCACCAGCAGCAGCCCGUUCGCAGCUGCUCCAAAUCCUCAGAGUCUCGUCUCUGGGAGGAGGAGCAGCACCGGCAGCAGCACCUGGGACCAACGCUCACCGGUUUCCUUCCCGGUUCAUUUUCUCAGCCCAUCAGCAGGCAGCCUCACCACCCUGCCUCCACCCGCUCCUACCAGGCCUUCAGGAACUUCAAGCCCCAGAGUCUGGCUCCAUCUGGGGCUCAUCAGGGCAUGUAUGGAGGCAGCACUGGAGGUGGAGGUCACGCCUCAGUAGACCAGGUGGUCCCUUCCCACCCUCAGCCGGUGUACUGGGAGGUGACUCAAGGUCAGGGACACCACCACCACCAUCAUCAUCAUCAUCACCCUCAGAUGGGACCACAGACCUCCAUGGGCUACAUCUCAGACCUGAUCUACAACGCUGCAAUUGUUACAAAUUUUCUAGAAUUCUGAUCCCUCUGGAUGAAGAUCACAGACUGUAUUAAUAAUGGAUAUUGUUGCAAUCGAGGUCCUUGUUUCUGUCAGGCCCCUUUGUAUUUCACUUUACAGCAUUUUCUGUGUUCUAUGUGUUUACUGUAUGACUGAAGCCGGUAGUCUAAUAUACUGUAGUCUAAUAGCGAUACUGUAGCAGAACAGAGUUGUUGUGAUGUUGUUCCUUGUCCUACUUUUUUAUGUUUUAUGUUUUCAACAAUGUGUUGUAAA